AUGUACAACUACAUUAAAGGCGACUCGGACGCCACCAGCUUCGCCCUCUAUCCCUCUGACGUGCUUCUGUACUACGACUACUCUCUGGUGCCACAGUCCAGCUGCAGGUCCUACUUUGAGCAGCUGGCGGACGCAGACUUCACCGUCUUCUCCUCCGACCUCAGCUACAAGCGUACGGCUCUGUUCGAUAACGCCAGGAGCUGCCUGGGUAUAACAACAACAAAUUUGACGAAGGACAACAUAAUAGUGUUGGGAAACAUGUGCUGCAGCGUGGAUGGAUCCUACAUCGAGAACUCGGACCCGUCCAUUCUGGAGACACUGAAGAACUGCCCGGACCUGACGACCUCUCAGGCCUCUGCAGCUCAGUCCCUGCUGCUGAGCGGGGAAACCCCGUACGGAGCGACGUCAACGUGGGAUCAACAAACUCUGCAGGACCUCGGCAUGUUACCGCUGUAUAUGACCUCAACUUUCUACGCUAAAUUUGACAAGAAAACGAAGCGCAAGUUUUUGAAGUACUUCCUGAAAGUCCUGAAGAGUAACGGAGUGAGCAGACAGAAGAGGAGGACCAUGAAGAAACAAAUCCGAAAGUCUAACAGAAAGAAUUCAAAGCGAUCCAUAGAAUCGGAAUGCACUUCGGGAACGAUCACUCAUGUGGCCAUUAGCAAAGAGACGUUCCCCUUCGAUUAUGACGACGUGACCCAGUUCAACUGCUGCCUCAGCGCGGCGACUGUUAAAGGAAACCUGGAAGAACUCACUGAGAAGGUGGACGAUGAGGAAUUCCUCGCCAUCAUUCUCUUCAAGCUGCAUGAGGCGUACCCUGACACCACCAUCCCUGAGGACCAGGUUCAAAUGUUGGGUCCAGCGUCUCGUGUGGCCACCGCCAGCCACAUCAGCAAGUGGCGCAUCACUGAGGUCGACACGCUGUACGCUCUGAUGGACUCGUCUGAUGGGGACUGGGACACGAGCCUGGCCAAGGCCGUCAUCUCCAACUACCUGAGCAACGCAGGGAACGCCCUCGGCAGCGCGGAGCUCAACACCAUCGGAGGAGCCAACCUGUGUGCGCUGGACGUCGAUGUUUUGAAGAACAUUUCCGCACAAAGCCUAAAAGAAGCCAACGCCCUCGAUGUGUCCACCUGCACCACAGAGAAGAAGGAGGAACUGUUCACCAUCGCCAUACAAGCGUUCACAACAACCACCCGCUCAACCACCGUCCCUUUAACCACCUACCAGCUUACUGCUGCUUAUCUUGGGGGCUCUACGUCUGCGUAUAUCCAAAGUUUGGUGAACUCCAAUGUCAGCAUGGACGUGCCCACCUUCACCACUCUGAAUGAGAGCAUCGUAACGGAUCUGACCGUUAGUAACGUUCAAGGUCUUCUUGGCAGCAACGUGGCAGAUUUGAAGUCCUAUGAGAACCAAACAGUGGUUAAGGCCUGGACCAGGAGUCGGCUCCAGUCCGACCUUGAUACCAUGUCACUGGGACUUACGGGUGGGAGGGCUACCACCAGCACCACGACCCCCAACCCUACCACAGCCACCACCGUCUCAAGCAGCGCGUCAUCCUCAGCGUCCCCAACGUCCUCAGUAGCAACAACCUCAUCAUCACCAACGUCCUCAGUAGCAACAACCCCAUCACAACAACCCCAUCAGUAG